ACUGGCUCGUGUUCGCACACUCUGAGUUUCGAUAAGUUGGGGUGCACACCUGUAAGCUCCUGCGUAAUUCCGCCGAGGAAUUCGUCGUCGACCCGUGGUUUCAUAGAUUCAGCGUGAGGGUGGCACGUGGCACAUGCUCACAUCGACAAGCUCUCGAGUCGGGCCCUUGCCUGUAGGAUGAGGAGACAUUCCCUCUCUUGGUGCUUUCUUUCCGCCGCUCGACAUUGUGGCUUGGCAUCGUUCUCGACGUGCGCGGAGUUGUCUAAGAGUCGGACGUGCGAGUGUCACAGAGUGGCCCCGCCCAACCAGCUACAAAUUUCAAGGUUCCUGGAGCGGCCCUUGCCAGGAAACCGAUCAAGUUUCAUAAGAAACGGCGGCCCCGCCUAGAUUGCCGAGGCUCUAUCCUCCACGAGCGGCGCGUGCUCAGAGCUUUCGAUUUCAAGUUGUGGUCUCCCGUCCGUCCCUCUUGUGGCUUCUGCUUGUUCACGGGAUCUCUCUCGCCAGAGCGGUGCAACUCACGCGCGUGACGGUACAAUGUUGCGCUCUUCGUUCAGUGCAACGGUAGUGUGAACGUCUUGGUGUCAUGAUGUAGGGCAAAGUGCCAGUGCCCACUAUCGCGAAGUGCGGCGUGCUGGCGUGCUCUGGGCUCGCAUGCCCACUUCAACGAUCUGAAGAGGUGAUGUCUGGUGCGCACUCGCUCUGUGCGUGUGUGUCAGGGUACCCAUGGAGCGCACCGCACCUGGCCGAUGUCAUCCAAGGCAGGAGCGGAUGGACCAGCUGCGGUUGGACGUAGAAUCGGCGAUCUUCGGCGACAGCGCCGGCGCCGAGUCUCGCGAGCAGCUGCAGUUCGACGUCGAGCGCAGGAUCUUCGGCGACGGCCACGGCGCCAAAGCAAAGGCUGAGGAGCGCGAGAAGCAGAAGACGCUGCGAGCUUUGCAGGAGCGGGUCGCGCAGCUGGAGGCCGAGAUCAAGGAGGCCGACGGCGCCUGCGCGGAGGGCCAGACCCGCCUGGCCC